CGCCCCCCCGGGCUUCCUCCUGACCCCUCCAGCGCCGGCCUCAAGUUUUGUUUCCCAAAAGGAUGCUGAGGGCUCUUGGGGCCGGCUAGGAAAGAAAGUAGCUCCCAUGGCCGGAGUUGGAGCUUUGAAACCUGGGCUGGGGCUCCGGGGUCUCGGCAUGAGCUCCACAGCCUCUGGGGCGUCGGUAUCCUUGUCAACAAAAGGGGGACACAGCAGGCUUGACCCGAUGAGCCAGCGAAUUGGAGAGCUUAUUAUGGACAGUUGGCCAGGAUAUGACUUGGAUUUAUUCACAUACCCACAGCACUAUUAUGGAGAUCUGGAUUAUGUCCUCAUACCUCAUGGCAUCAUUGUGGACAGAAUUGAACGGCUAGCAAAGGAUAUUCUGAAAGACAUAGGAUACUGUGACAUUGUGAUCCUGUGUGUGCUGAAAGGAGGUUACAAGUUCUGUGCGGAUCUUGUGGAACACCUGAAGAACAUCAGUCGAAAUUCAGAUAGAUUUGUCUCUAUGAAGGUUGAUUUCAUCAGACUGAAAAGUUACAGGAACGACCAGUCCAUGGGCGAGAUGCAGAUAAUUGGAGGCCAUGAUCUUUCAACACUGGCUGGAAAGAAUGUCCUCAUUGUUGAGGAUGUUGUUGGAACUGGGAAAACCAUGAAAGUGCUACUCAGUAGCAUAAAGAAAUACAAGCCCAACAUGAUUAAGGUAGCCAGUUUGUUAGUGAAGAGAACACCUAGAAGUGAUGGCUUUAGACCCGACUAUGUUGGAUUUGAGAUUCCGAACUUAUUUGUCGUGGGUUAUGCCUUAGAUUACAAUGAAUACUUCAGAGAUCUGAAUCACAUAUGUGUGAUCAAUGAACACGGCAAAGAAAAGUAUCGAGUCUAAAGAAGCAAAUUCUCACCAUCGAAUCUCCAGAUAACAUCAUACUUACGACUACAGUCAGAAAGCCAGCAUGUAAAGUUUGUUUCCCCAGGCAUCUUCACUCAGCAGGGUAUAAAAGAAAAAAAUGUUUUAAUGAGAGAGCUUUCUUUUCUAAGGUUAUAACAUAAAAAGUAACAAAUGCUUUUAUUUGACUUGUUCCAAAUUAAAUACUCUGCCUCGUGACUCAUGCUUUCUAUCUACCUUCCCACUCUGGAACUUUACCUUCUUUUAUUCUGAUACAGUCAUUAUACUUGAUUACUAUUCUCCCACCUAGUUACUCAAAUAUUUUUCACUUAACUUCUUUUUUUAAUAUUCUAUUUUGGUAAUAUUUUGCAAUCUGAAGAAACUGGAAGCCUUUUAAGUUAAACUCUGAACCCAAAUACUAGGAAUGCAACUAGAUUCCCAUAGGAAAAAAGGAGGGAAAGGACAAUUUAAUAUAAAUUUCUGUUUGGGCAUUGCUGGCAGGCCAUUACUAUUUGCUUUGACAAAACCUUUUUGAACUGCAGUGUAUAAUGAAUCUUAAUGAUGUUAUGAAAUGAGCCUUUGCUCAGUCCUGUUGAUCGGAGCUUCCGGUAUGUGAUAACAGCAUGUCAUGUAUGCAUGGAUGUACUCAACUGUGUUUAAUACUCUGCAUUUUAAUUAGAAAAAAUACAAUGGCAGCAAGGCCCUCAUUUCUAAGCUGCAUCUUUUUAUUCGUGUGGGACAUUUGCAAAUGGCAGAUUCAGGGCGGUGUGGGGUGGGGGUGGGGUGUCAAUUCAAAACUUGGUGAGUAUCAGGUUUUCCUCUUAUUUACAUCAAAGGACAAGACACUAUUAUAUAUUAUCAUCAACAUGAACACAGAGAUUGAAUUAUUUUUUGAGUAGUUUUAUAAGACUUAUCCUACAGCCCAAGGCACUAUAGAAAACUAGCACACUUAAGAAAGUUUCUUUUUUUUUUCUGAAUAACAUUUUUUCUAUUUCCACUGUUUUUAUGAGAUGUUUUCCAGUUUAUGGGGAUUUUAAUUGAAAAUAAACCUGAGUGUCAAUAGAACUGUUUUUUCUCACUUCCUAACAGGAGAAAAUGCAAAAUAAAUAACUAGGCAGCCUUUGUUUGGUUCUGAACCAUAUGCAGCAUAUUGUUAUCAGGUCCUAGCUUCCUUUAAAUUAAUAAAGAAUAAAAAACUUUGUUAUG